AUGCUGAGACCCUUGCUCUGGGCGGCUUUCGUGCCGCUGGCUAUUGCAAGCGAUGUUACAAUCUAUCAGCCCGGUGUCUCAUACUUGCCAGAGAAGCUGCCGGCACCGGGCCCAGCAUCGCACUUUGAGGAGAUCAUCACCCAGUUCAACCGGCUGGGACGUACCACGGUUUGGAAUCUGGUCAAGAAGGUCAAGAUCGAGGGCGAUACGGGCGAGCCUGAGGGUAUGGUCAACCUGGGCGAGGAGAGAUAUCUGGUAUCUCGAGGGAACUGGACCGAGGCCACGAAAUCUUACGGGUCGGGCGUCAUCAUCAACGGUACCAACCGCUCACCAGGUGCCGGCUAUGCUCAUCUGAACAUCUACGAUGGAGAGGGUCAGCUUGUUGCAGAUGCUCGCUUGACGGAGCCUGGAGAUAUCGAGUAUCAUCUUGGUGGGAUUGACUGGGACGGCGAAGUCGUCUGGGCGACGUUAUCACAGUAUCGUCCUAACACUACCGCCACUGUAGUCACGAUUGACCCGAAGACCCUCAACAUGACCGUCGUCGCUCGGUACAGAGAUCAUCUGGGCGGAAUCGUACACGACCAAGCAAAGAAACAAAUUGCGACCCUGAAUUGGGGAGCUCGCAACGCGUCUCUUAUGGGAUCUGACCACCAGCCUAUCUCUGUCGUUCGGAACCCAUCCUUGUAUACGGACUAUCAAGACUGCAAGUUUCUCGGCGACUCCGAGGUCUACGACUUUCGGUCCGUUAUGAUGUGCUCUGGCACGACGACGCUCGCAAACAACUGCACCAUUGGCGGAUUGGCGAUCGUUGAUAUCGAGACUAUGGUGCCUCUAUCGGAAGUGCCGCUGACGAUGGAGACCGAGCUGGGCGCGUACAUUGCUCAAAAUCCAUUCGACGUCGACAUCGUCAAUGGCAAGAUGCGCCUCUAUUUCAUGCCUGACCAGCACAACUCCACGGUAUACAUCUAUGAAGCCGAUGAGAACAGCCCAUUCCAGUUUGGCGGUGGGGAACUCUGA